AUGAUUAUUCAAGGAUUAUUCAUUUACAACAUAAAUUUAUGUACCAUUCACCAAUUUUAUGAGGUCAACUCUUAAAUAUGCUUGUUGGAUUAAAUAGUAUUGAUUGUAUUGAUCUAUUCAAAUAUAAUCUAUUUUUUUUAUGUAAACCAUUGCAAUAUUUUAUAAUUUCCCACUUCAAAGGCCCUCAUAGAAUUCUUAUGCUCCUAAAAACUAAUGUAAUAAUUAUAAUAUCCAAGAACUCAUACUAUGGGAAAUUUUCUCACAUUUUGAGUGUUGUUGUUGUGCUUUGAACAAGGGAACCUCAAUAGAUGACAUUGAGGAUAGUGACUGAUCGUAUUUUAGUCGUUGAAUUAAAACACGAAAAUUUUAAUAUUAAAUAAAAAAGGGGCAAAAUAAAUUAUGCAAAUUCAUUUUCCAGUAUAUUUAAUUGCUGCCGCCACAUUUUCAGUAGUAGGAAGGAAGCAGCGACAAAGUGCAUGGAGAAGGGGAGAAGAACGAAGAGAAGUGAAAGUCAAUCUCGGAAAGAGGAGAAGAAAUAAGAGAAAUUAAAUCCAUCUCCGUCGUGUGUGUCACUCACACCACGGAGAUGA